GGCUACAGCCUGAAGAACUUUUGUCCCUUCCUAAAUGCUUGCCAGCUUCACAAUGUUCUCCUCCUCUCUUUCCCACCUUCCUUCCGCUUCUUUUCUCCUCCCUCCAAAAAGCUAGCUAGGAAAGGAGCCACAAAGUUGCAGUCUUUUCUCCUCUCAGUAUCACAUUCCCCUCUGAGCUCGCUCCCCCUCCAUUUCCUUCGAAGGGGGUUGAGCCGUAGCUCAACAGAAGCCAGAGAUUAAAAAAAAAAAAUGGACAAGGCACUCACUAAAGUCGGCAGCUUGAAGCUUGGCAAUUCUUGGAUCUCGAAGAAAGCUAAGGAAGAGCUCACUAAUAUUAGUGAUGAUUUGACAACUUUCUCAAACACUGUUGAAGAGAAGGCCAAAUGGAUCUUCAACAAGCUGAAAGGAAAGCCAUUGAAGAGCUUGCCAGAUCUGCUGCGAGAGUACAACUUACCACCGGGUCUCUUCCCUCAGAACAUAACCUGUUAUGAAUUCGAUGAUGCCACGGCCAAGCUGGUCGUGCACUUGCCUGCUGCUUGCGAGUUGAGCUUCAAGGACUCUUCCGUGAUCAGGUACUCGACUCGAGUAAAAGCGAUCGUUGCAAAGGGGAAGCUCAAUGGCAUAGAGGGAAUGAAGACAAAGUUCCUGGUUUGGGUUAAGGUUUCCAAUGUGGCUGUUGAGGGCUACAAAUCUGAUAAGGUUUGGUUCACUGCUGCUGGAGUAAAGAAAUCUAGGCCAAGGAUUCAGUAUGACACCCCUCAGGCAGCCGUUCGGGUUCAGGAAUUCUGAAUCAUUGUUCAGUAAUGAUGUUGCCUUUUGGGAUCAAAUGUCCGAUGAGCUAUUUUUGUUGUUGUUCAACAGAGUUUUGCUUAGUCAAUCAAUGCUUCAAAAUAUGGUAAUAUGUUUGUCCACAAUGGACCCAUAUUUGUAAGUGUCCAGUUGGUUCUUAAUGGGUAUCUGUAGACAUUUGUAUGAUGAGAUGGUUCUGGAGUUAAAAGUAAGGCUAAACCCGCUCGCUUCUCCAACUUCUGCACUUUUGAACGAAAUGAGAUAUUUUCAACGAAUGCCCAUAAUUGAAUAGUAUGAAAAGGCUUGGCUAUGAA